AAGACUCCGGAGGAUCGGCGGCGGGUAGGAGCGGGGAUCCGGGCGCGGGAUCAGGCAACACCGAGGCCCGGCCUGAGGAGCGGCCCCCGGCUGCGGGGACACGGUGCCCCGUCACCUGGGGACGGUGCCGGCCAUGGAUAACACACCGGAGAUUUACUUCCCGAUCCGCAGAGCGCGUUUGGAAGCGUAAUCAUGGAUUCCCUGCCCCCUAGAUAGUCUGGAUAGAAUAAGCAGAGGAUUUUGGUGCUUGGGAAUCUCAAACUCCUUCAGUUAACCAGAAUCUCAACGCGUGGGAGGGAUUCACCGUGUCAGCUGAGUCGACGAGGCACCAUAAAUCCCGCAGCAUGGAGACAUUAUUCACUAGCUCUGAGAGUGAGCUGGGAUUCAUUCAAUCUUCCCACCAGCAAGUUCAAGCUGUGGAGAAACCAUUUCCCUGUCCCUAUUGUGGGAAGGUGUUCACUCAAGCAAACAACCUGAAGAGACACCAACGGCAAGUUCACACUGAGGAGAAAGCAAUUCCCUGUCCAGAUUGUUGGAAGGUAUUCUCUCAAGCCUGCAACCUGAAGAGACACCAACGGCAAGCUCACGAUGAAGAGAAACUACUUCCCUGUCCCGAUUGUGGGAAGGGAUUCUCUCAGGCUGGCAACCUGAAGAGACACCAGAGAAUUCAUUCGGGUGAGAAGCCAUUCUCCUGUUCUGUUUGUGGGAAGGGAUUUGCGGUUUCAUCUGGGCUACAGACACACCAGCGGAUUCACACAGGUGAGAAGCCCUUCACCUGUUCUGUUUGUGGGAAGGGAUUUACUGCUUCAUCUGGACUACAGACACACUAUCAAAUUCAUACAGGGGAGAGGCCGUUCACGUGUUCUGAGUGUGGGCAGCGAUUUAUGCAGUCAUCUCACCUAAAGACACACCAGCGGAUUCACACUGGAGAGAGGCCGUUCAUUUGUUCUGAGUGUGGAAAGGGAUUUAUUGACGUAUCUGGGAUACAGAGACACCAGCAGAUGCACAGCGGGGAGAGGCCGUUCAUCUGCUCUGAGUGUGGGAAAGGAUUUAUAAAUACAUCUCACCUACACUCACACCAGCGGAUUCACACUGGGGAGAAGCCGUACAUUUGUUCUGUGUGUGGGAAGGGAUUCAUUUAUUCAUCUGAAUUGUUGAGACACCAGCGAAUUCACACAGGAGAGAGGCCAUUCGCCUGCUCCGAGUGUGGGAAGAGAUUCAUUCAGUCUUCCCAGCUGAGGAUCCACCAGCGAGUUCACGCUGCGGGGAAACCAUUUGCCUCUCCCAACUGUGGGCAGGUCAACACUGAUGAUCUGGUGACCAACCAGCAAAUUCACACUGAGUAGAGGCCGUUCACCUGUUCUGUGUGUGGGAAGGGUUUCACACAACUUGCUCAGCUGAAGACCCAACAGCGAGUUCAUUGCUGUGAAGCAUUUACCUCUCCCAGCUGAGGGUCGGGUUUCACUGGUAAAUCUAACCUGGUGACCCACCAUAGAAUUCACAUUAGGGAGAGGGCGUUCACCUGUUUCACGUGUGGGAGGGGUUUCACUUGAUUGUCUGGCGUAAUGGCACAUCAGCUUGUUCACACUCGGAGAAGGUUUAAAUAAGAUUUUGGUUCAGUGUUUAACAUCUCUCGUAAGUCCACAAGCGACUGCACUUUUAUGACUCUAGUUAAUCCUGAUGUUCAUCACAACCAGGGCUACUUUGGGGUACCUUUAUUAAUAAUAAUAAUAAUAAUAAUAAUAUAUUUUAUUGUCAUUCCACAGAGGUACAACGAGAUUUGGUACGCAGCAUCCAUCCAAUGUAAUAACUUAAUUCGCUAAAAAUGUAGACACCUAGAGAAACAAGCAGUAUAAAGUACAAAUAGGUCUGUACCGGGUCGAUGAGCGACGUGACCAUCCGAGGGAGGCGGUUCCUGGCGGGGGGGG